CUGGCAGUGUCUGGCCUGCUUCUACACUAGGCUGUGCCUCAUCCCAUGGGAUUCAUUCAGGGUCUGGCUUCUUGGAGUUCCUUGGUGCUUCCUGGGUUAGCAUGGCUUGGUUUCCCUCCCCACACCUGGAUGUGCCUGCCGUGGAAAUUCACACCUUGCCAUCCUAUCCUCCCAUGGGGCCCUCUUGGUCCCUGUUUCCUGGCUGGCUGCCCUUGGGGUUCCCCCACUUGCUGGGGGGUGGCUGUGCAGGCCAACCCCAACCCCUACACAGGGUGAGCAGGAAGGAGCAGCUUCCCUGCUUGUCGUGCAGUGCAGAACCCCCCUGUUGCCACUGGCCUGGGGGAGCUCAGCCCUUGCCACCUAGCAGCAUGCAGCCCUUGGGGUGGGGCAAGGCUGGGGGAGGGGGCUAUGGCAAGGAUGAGGGUGGAAUGUGGCCCCUGCCCUCUCUGCACAUGUUUGCCCAAGGUAGGACUCAGACCCACAAUGACUCACCUCCAUUUCCGGUCUCUCAUGCCGGGCCUCCACACAGCAGGCAUGGAACAGGGUGACCCAGUAUGCAGGGGCAGGUUGCAGAGCCUAGGUCUCACCAGGAUCCAGCCUCACCCCCUCCUGCUGGGACAGAGGGGCUCCACCUCCCUGGGCCUGAGCCAGCAACCAGUCCUGGCUCCAGCAGUGACCACAGACCCCCAAGGGGUGUGGUUCUUUUCCUGCCCUUGAGACUCUGAUUGUGUCCACUAUCAAAGCCACAAUCUAAAAUACCCCUGGCCAGGCAUGGUGGCACACACCUGUGAUCUCAGCACUCAGGAGGCUGAGGCAGGAGGAUUGUAAGUUCCAGGCCAGCUACUGAGUGAGACCAUGUCUCAAAAACAAAACAAAACACAGGAGCAGCACGCAGAUGCCAAUCCCCACCCACAGCUGCCAGGUGAGCACCCUGGCCCCCAUAUGUGACUCCUAGCACAGCUAAGACAGAAUCCUGAGCCCAAGGCUUUGCCUUGAACUCAGGAUGCAAAUCUCAGGACUAGGUUAGAGUAGAGAAGCACUCUACCACUGAGCUACACCCCUGGCCUUUUAUAUUUUGAGUCAGGGUCUUGAACUCACCAUCCUCCUGCCUUGGCCUCCUGUUGCUUCUGUGUCUUUGCUACUGAGAGUUAUAUAAAGGGCCUUCAUGAAGACCUGCAUGCCAGCACCACCUCCUCUUGAUUUUUAUUUUGAGACAGGGUCUUGCUAAGUCACUAAAUUGACCAGGCUGUGUUGAGCUUGUGAUCUUCCUGCCUCAGCCUCCAAGACUGCUAGUAUGAUAGGCAUGCAGCACUGUGCCCAAAUGCUGUUCUGUUUUGCUUUGUUGUGACAGGGUCUCACUAUGUACUUCAGGCUGGCCCUAAACUCACUGUGUAGCAAGGCUGACCUGGAACUCGUGGCAGUCCUCCUGCUUCCAAUAAGGGUAUUAGGGUUACAGGUGUGUGCCACCAUACCUGGCAUGGCUUCUUGAUGAAAGCAAAAAGUGCCAUUGGCUAUCAGGGAGGAAGAGCCCCCACUGAGAACAAACUGAGGAAGACUUAACGGAGGAGGCAGAGUUGCGAUGGUUUAAGGGACUCAUCUGGAAGAGGUGGACCCUGCACAUGUUGUGAGUGGGCGGUAGCAAAAGCCUGGGGCUUUAGCUAGGAUUUCCUGGAUCAGAGUUUACAGUUGAGGGGCAGGGACCUGGAGGCCAUGAAGCCAGACCCAGCAUCAGAGGGUUGUCGAGGGCAAAGGCUCACUGUUGGGUUCUGGUCUGGCUGGGGACCAUGGACACAGAGGCGUGCCCGCUGGCCCCAGGAUGGCCAGGACAGCCCUGCGGGACCCGGGUUCUGGGUGCUAGUGUCCCACUUUGCACAGGCCUCACAGAGGACAAGGACGUGCUCGCCAUGCUGCGAGGCUCACGGCUGUGCGAGAUCCGCUCACGCACCUGGCAGAAGGAGCGGCUGUACCGGCUGCAGGAGGACGGGCUUAGUGUGUGGUUCCAGCGGCGCUUCCCCCACGCACCCUCUCGGCACAGCUCACAUCGAGUCCAUACGCCAGGGUCACCAGUCCGAGGGCCUGCAGCGCUUUGGGACUGCCUUCCCACCCGCACGCUGCCUGACCAUCACUUUCCGAGGCCACCGCAAAAACCUGGACCUGGUGGCCCAUUCGGUAGAGGAGGCACAGUGCUGGGUUCGGGGCCUGGAGAAGCUUCGGGCACGGCUGAAGGCCAUGAGCCAGCGUGAGCACCUGGAUCAUUGGAUCCACUCCUACCUGCACCGUGCGGACUCCAACCAGGACAGCAAGAUGAGCUUCAAGGAGAUCAAGGGCCUGCUGCGCAUGGUCAAUGUGGACAUGGACGACAUGUAUGCCUACCGGCUCUUCAAGGAGUGUGACCGGUCCAAUGAUGAGAGGCUAGAGGGCCCCGAGAUUGAGGAGUUUGUGCGGCAGUUGCUGAAGCGACCUGAGCUAGAGGAGCUCUUCCACCAGUUCUCAGGGGAGGACCUGGUACUGAGUGCCCCCGAGCUGCUGGAGUUCCUGGAGGUGCAGGGCGAAGCAGGUGCCACGCUGGCACACGCACAACAGCUCAUCCAGACCUACGAGCUGCAUGAGACAGCCAAGAGCCAUGAGCUGAUGACCCUGGAUGGUUUCAUGAUGUAUCUACUGUCACCCGAGGGGGCCGCCCUGGACCACACACAUGCCACGGUGUUCCAGGACAUGGGCCAGCCCCUGUCACAUUACUUCAUCUCCUCUUCUCACAAUACCUACCUGACUGACUCCCAGAUUGGUGGCCUAAGCAGCACGGAGGCAUAUAUAAGGGCCUUCACCCAGGGCUGCCGCUGCGUGGAGCUGGAUUGUUGGGAGGGCCCGGGCGGCGAGCCUGUCGUCUACCAUGGCCACACGCUCACCUCCAAGAUCCUUUUCCGAGACGUGGUCCAGGUUGUGCAUGACCACGCCUUCAUGGUGAGCCCGACUCACACACAGCCACAGCCUUCAGCCUUCUGGAUGGCGCUGCUCCCACGGGCGGGCAAGCUGUCCCCCUACCCUGUCAUCUUGUCCCUCGAGAACCACUGCGGGCUGCAGCAGCAAGCUGUCAUGGCUCACCACCUGCGGACCAUCCUGGGGGACAUGCUGGUGACAGAGGUGCUAGACACCCAGAACCCCAAGGAGCUGCCAUCUCCAGAGCAGCUGAAGGGCCGGGUGCUGGUGAAGGGAAGGAAGCUGCCAGCCAUGCAGGGCGAGGACGGUCGCCCUCUGUCCGACAGGGAGGACGAAGAAGAGGAGGAUGGGGAGGCCAUAAGGGCUGCACGACAGAGGACCCUCCCAGAGGCUAGGCCCCAGGCCGGCCAGGUCUCCCCGGAGCUUUCGGCCCUGGUCGUGUACUGCUGUGCCACCCGCCUGAAGACCCUGCACCCUGGCCCUGGCCCAGCCCAGCCCUACCAGGUCGGCUCUCUCAGCGAGCGCAGAGCAAGGAAGCUGCUGUGGGAGGCGGGAGGCCACUGGCCCAUUCCAGCCCUGCUCAAUUCUGCCACAGGGAACAGCUUCGUCCGGCACAAUGCCCGCCAACUGACCCGCGUGUACCCACUGGGGCUGCGGGUCAACUCCACCAACUAUAACCCUCAGGAGAUGUGGAACGCAGGCUGUCAGCUAGUGGCCCUGAACUUCCAGACACCAGGCUACGAGAUGGACCUCAACGCAGGCCGCUUCCUGGUCAACGGGCGGUGUGGCUACAUCCUGAAGCCCAGCUGCUUGAGGCAGCCAGACACAAUGUUUGACCCACGGUGCCCAGGGCCCCCCAGCACCACGUUGACAGUCCAGGUGCUCACUGCCCAGCAGCUGCCCAAGCUGAAUGCUGAGAAGCCCAGCUCCAUUGUGGACCCCCUGGUGCGUGUAGAGAUCCAUGGAGUCCCGGCGGACUGUGCACGCAAAGAGACCAGCUACGUGCUCAACAACGCCUUGCCAUCCCAGCCCUGGAAGCACAGCAUGACCACACCAGUCUGAAGAGACUCCAGGGACAACACUUGGCAUUUCAGGUCCCCUAGGAACAGUGCCAGCACUGGACAGGUUUCCACAGAGCUGGGCUAGGCCUGGCACCAGCCCCAGUCUCCUGUGUAGGAAGUAACAGCCUCCUCUGGGAGUGGGAGUGGGCUGUUGUGCUCAAGAGUUCCAGAACCCUGAUGUCUGUCCGAUGGGCCGGCCCAGUCCUGCUGGAUGUGCACAGGGUUGGCCAGGCCCAUCCUGAGUCCUCCUUGGGUUCUGCCAGCCUGCACAUCCUGGUGGUGAGGCAAAGUGCGUGUCAGGGGUAGAGUAGAGUGCUCUGUGCAGCUCUGGCCCAGGUUCCCUGCAGGGCGUGGAGGCACUGCCAUGAGAGUUGUAAGAGAUCCUGGGUCCAGGCAGCCAGAAGAUCCAAGGACAACAACUGGGGGUUCCAAGUGGAACCACAGGGGCCCAGCAAUCUUCUGGCUAAGAAGCACGCCAGGAAGCUGGGCAUGGCUGGGUGAGGCCCUGGGCUUCAUCCCCGGGAUGCAAAAAGAAAAGCAAAUCUAAAAACCCAAAAAGUGUCCUAUGGCUCAAGGGUGUGGUGUCUGGCAGAUCAGCCUGCAUGGUGCCCACACCUGUCAGGAGCUGUGAGGCCCAUGGAGGGCGUCUGCACCAAGGGAGAGUCCCGGGAGAGAGGGGACAGGCCCCACCUAUCCCACUCACCUGCUAACCAGAGGAUGCUGGGGCAGGGCUUGUCCAGCUGUUGCCUUUAUUAAAAACCGCGAAGUACUGAGUAGAACAAA